AUGGGCUCGCAUCCACUGGUCCAGAACGAGCACUUUUAUUACCGCUUCCAGCUGGACAGGAAGAUUGGGCAGGGUGGGCAGAGCGUGGUGGUAAGGUGUCUAGACCACAAGACUCGGACGAUGGUGGCUCUCAAGAUCCUCGCCCCGCCCUCCACCUCCAGGGAAGAAAAGCACCAGACAACGGAGCUGCAGAUGUCCAUGGAGCUCCAGAGCGACUGUAGCGACGUGGACUAUAAUGUAGCCAGGGUCCUGGAGACUUUCUACUUUCGAGGACACAAAUGCCUUGUCAUGGAGCUAUUGAAGGCGAAACUCCAUUGUGUGCUCAGAGAGAUGACGCUGUGGCAAAGUUACGAGGACGCGGUGAGGUCGUACACUAGGUCCAUCCUCCACUUCUUGGCCCACACCAAGUCCCGGGGCAUCGUACACGGAGACAUCAAGCCCAGCAACGUUCUGUUGACGAACAUCGCGGACGGCAUCGUCAGGGUCAGGAACUUCGCCUCAAGCUUUUUUGUGGACGGCAAAACCUCGCACGUGGGAGCAACCCUCGCAUACGUGGCCCCUGAGGUGCUUCUCGGCUACCCGGCGACCUGUGCUGUGGACACAUGGUCGCUGGGAUGCACCGUAGCCAAGCUGGCCACCGACAGGGACCUCUUCCUCUCGUUCAGCCGCGACGACCACCUGGCAUGCUGUAUCGAGAUCCUGGGCAUGCCUCCAAAAGAAAUGGUGGAGAAAGCUCGCAAAAGAGCGGCCUACUUUGACGAGGCCGGCCAGCCUCACUGCCCGGCCAGGAAACGACUCCCGGCAAGUGUCCCCCUGCAUUUGGUGCUACGGGGAUGUGGAGCUCAGCUGGUGGCCUUCAUUAGCAGCUGCCUGCAGUAA